AUGACGUCCCCGGAGUACAGCAGCCAUUUUUCGCUGGCGAACAUCCCGUUCGGCGUGGCAUCGUCGCAAGAACAUCCCAGCCCACGAUGCGUGACUCGACUAGAGAAUACGGUGAUUUUUCUUGAUGUCCUGCAGCAAACGGGCGCCUUUGCGAAGGUGGCUGGAUUGCCAAAUGAUGUAUUCGACCAGUCGACGCUCAACGAGUUUGCUACACUCCCAAAGUCAAUUCAGCGCGAAGUACGAACCACUUUGCAAGUCGCAUUGACCAAAAAAUUGCCCCCCAACAGCACAGAAGAUGUCUCAGCAGUCACUUUACAUAUGCCAGUCUCGGUGGGUGGCUUCACAGACUUUUCGUGCAGUCUACACCAUGUCCGAAACGCCGGUCGGGCAAUCCUCAACGACGAAACACCGCCUCCUGGCUUCUUCAACUUCCCAAUUGGAUACAAUGGCCGUGCGAGUACGUUGGUUGUCUCCGGAACUCCAAUCGUUCGCCCGAAAGGGCACACUAUCGAUCGAGCAGCUGCAACAGAAAAAAAGCCGAUCUCCUUCGGUCCGUCAAAAGCAAUGGACUAUGAGCUUGAGGUUGGAGUGAUCGUUGGAAAACCUGUGCCACGGGUCCAAGGCGUAAAUGCAAGAGAUGCAGACGAGCAUAUCUUCGGGAUGGUUAUCUUGAAUGACUGGAGUGCACGAGACAUUCAAGGUUGCGAGAUGGUUCCGCUCGGUCCUAUGAACAGCAAAGCCUUUGGAACAACUAUCUCCCCUUGGGUGGUGACAUUGGAUGCUUUGGAGUCAUUCAAAGCUCCUGGUCCGACGCGCGAUGUUAUUCUCGCUACCCAUCUGGAAGACAUUCCGGUGGCUGCGUCAAGCUAUAACAUCGGGUUCAAGGUGGAGCUUUUGGUCGAUGGACAACCUACGACUCUCAGUCGAUCCAACUUCAAGGAUCUACACUGGAGUGGCCGGCAGAUGGUCGCCCAUAUAGCCAGCAGUGGAGCAGAUCUCCAGACUGGUGACAUCCUGGGGACCGGGACCGUGAGUGGCCCAGAGCAGGGCAGCUAUGGUUGUCUGCUUGAGAUGACCAACGGGGGAAAGGAGCCAAUGUCGGUUGCAGACGGCCCAACAAGGGUCUUCCUGGAAGAUGGGGAUGUGAUUCGCAUGACUGCACUGGCUGGGGAAGAGGACUCCGGCGUUGGAUUUGGGGAAUGCGUCGGAGAAUUACAGCCAGCACUUUGA